UAUUCAAAAUGUCGUUCAAGAGAGUAGCAGACGAUUUUGACGAUUUUAACAUCCAAAGGAAACGACGCGUUAAUGACCUGCUUUUGGACAAUAUUCCGUCGGAUGAAAUCACCCUCAUGUCGAAUGGAAAGUUGGCGUGUCUAGUAUGUCACCACCGACCUGUCUUUGAUACAACAGCAAUGAUUAGUCUUCACAGGAAUGGCAAAAAACACCUUGCAAAUGUCCUUGUCAAACUUGAACGUGCAAAAGAAGAUGCAGAAAUCAGACAGCGGCGUGAACAUGAAGAAUACUUGAAGUCAUCAUCUGAAAGCCCUCUUAUAGGAAAAACAAAGAAAAAUAAAGAGCUUGUUUUGAAUAGCUCUUCGCAUCGAGCAAAUGUUGCUGAACGAAAGGUUGGCGAUAACAAAACCCCAAGUAAUUCAUUCACUUACAAAGGGAAGACAAUGGAUGGAAGUUUUUGUAACCAGGAAAGCUUUACAGAAACAUGUGGUGAUUCACGUGAUACAUCUACAGGAAGGACGCACGGAGAAGCUACCGCUCAAGCUGGAUUUUUUAAAGCAAAAACAACCUUCAAUUCACAAACAAGUUACACGCGUGACUACGAAAGCUCAUCCUCUUCCACGCAAAAUAUUUCUAAACAAACUCAAAAUAAGUAUAAAAAUAAUAGCUUUUUGAGAAAAAAUGAAACUAUUAAUCCUAGCUCUGCGCAUUUGAAGCAAGAUAAUCACAGUAAAAGCUCAACAACUAAAUAUAACCAUUUGGGAAACAGAAAAGAUUUAGCAAAACAAAGGUUUCUGUCAGUAAAUCCACUAACUCAGCAACAAGUUCAGCCUGAAGGAGAACUUUGUAGUGUUUCUGAGAAUAAACAAAAUGAUGGCAAUUCUACCCACAAUAUUUCAACAGCGCAGCAAGAACUUUCAGAAUAUGACAAAUUAGAUCAAAACUCUAAAGCACUCUAUGUGUCUAAGUUAAGGCAACUAGGUUGGGUGUUGGGACUAGAUGGCAAGUGGCUGAAAGAUGAAAAUGCAGAGUUUGAUUCAGAUGAAGAAGAGCCUCCAUCACCUAAGACUGUUCUGAAAUGAUGGUAGCGGUCCUUUCGACUAAUGACGUCAUAUUUACUUCGGCGAAAUGCAUCAUUGACAAAAGAACCAAGAUGGCCGACUUUUGAUGCUUGAAGUUUUGAUGCGAAAUUGGCAAUACACGUUAUUGAGGAUAAUUUAAAAGAGUUUAGUAUUAGUGGACUGAGUCUAUAGAGUAAACUUAAGACCAACUUACUAAGGAAGACCGAUAUUCACGGAGGAUACCCAGAGAUUAGCAAAGGAUCAAUUAUAGGAAGUGCAAAAGUGUAGGACAUCAUUUUCUACAGCAAAGCAUUAUGGGUGGUCGUAGAUCUUAGGGUGCUUUCCAUUUAGGCAGAACUGGACGGCCAGUCCGCUCUAUUUAGAGGUAUGUAAUGCUUUUUGUCGACAUUUUCCAGUCAUUUCGAGAUUUUCUGUAGAAUAAUGGAUAGAAUUUGAAAAUUUGAAUUUGCUAACUAUAUGGAAUGUUAUAUAAUGACAUUUUCUCUGGGCUUGGCCAGCCAGUUCUGACAAAUGGAAAGCGCACUUACAUUUCAGACCGCUCUCAAGUCCUUUACUUUUCCAUUCAUUUGGGAAAAUGGGAAAAAGCCUGGGAACAAGAUUGCUUGCGCUUUGUAUGUCCCUGAAUGGAAAUUGUCACUAAAUCUAGAGCAUUUCCCAUCAUGCUUUGGUGUAAAAUACAAAAUGGCGUCGCUGCUUUUGUUUUCAUCGUGAAACUGUAUUUAUAAAAGUGAGUCGUUAUGUAACACACGAUUUAUUAAAAUGUACAAAUAAUAUUAGUCUUCCAUAUAUUUUUUCUCAGCUAAAGUUUAUAUUUGUGGAUUUAUUUGACAGGAUUGACUUGCAUGAGCUUCCAAUUUCCUUUCACCUUAAUGAGCGCAGAUGCAUCAUGGGAUUGACUAAAGUGCAAUCUAAAUCAUGUUGUUUUUUCGUUUAUGUUUCUGGUCUUUCAGGCUGUUUUUCGCGAACAGCAACCAUUAAUAAUUUCCCAGAAAGGUCUUUUAUCUGUUGACAUGUCAUUUAAUGCUAGUCUCGACCUUUUGUAGCGAUAAUUUCGCAAAGAAACGUUGUCCUUCGUAGGUUUUUGACAUCCGCCACUUUGAUUCUUUCAUCAAUACCAUGAUCACCAUGAUGCACUUCGCUCCAAAACACAUGACGUCACUACAGGAAAAGAAAAUAGCUCAUGGUUGGCUACUGUCAUAGUCAAAAGCUUUUAUUUGGAACAAUAGUAUCGUUUUUCUUCUAUUUUCUAUGUCUAGCUAAUUUUUUACAUCUAUGAAGAAAAUUUGCAUUUUUUAGAAUAUAAUCUUUUGAAUGUAGAGUAGACGUUUUCAAAAUCCAUGAUAUAUAUGGUAAUAGUUACUACUAAAUAAAGUUGAUUAGAUAAUAGGAAGCAAAGGGAUUAGAGUGCAAACACUUGAAAAAGUACUUGAAAGAGUUCAUUAGACCCGUGAAACAAAAUUUGACUUAAAGUGUGAUAUUCAAAUAUACAAAAAAGAAAACAAAGCAAUUAGAGGGUACUAAGGUGUAUUAAUGCAAUAUCUAUUUCACGGUUUUCUGGACCUCAAUAUACUGACGUUAUAAAAAUUGUAAAGAAUUUUUGGUACUUUAUGUCUGAAUAUUCUUGCAAAGAAACAAAAAUAUGAUAUAUGGAAAUGACUUUCUUGUUGUCUUUACGUGUUUACAACUGAACAACGUUAAUGAGAUUUACUUACUUUGCACUUAUUUUGUUCAAAUCAAGUUUCAAGGAUACAGUGCUAGCUUCUAUUGUAUUUCACCAUUUCAAGUGUAAAGCGUUUUUCAUAAAACCGUGAAACGAAGUGUAAUGCAAUGCCGAUGAUGCACCGAAAAAUAAAGGGUAAUUAAAGUGUAGAACGCUAAAGUGUGUUUCACGGGUUUAUGAAAAUCACUCUAAACCGUGAAACAAAGUAGAAUAUCCCAAAGUGUGAUCGCACGAUACGCCGAAAGGACAAAAAAUGCAAAAUAUAGAGUUAUAAAGUGCAGAACACUAAAGUGUAUUUCACGGCUUUAUGAAUACACUCUUAAAGCGUGAAACAUAAAGAGUGUAAGACUGUUAGAUUAAUAAGUGUUAAAAGUCGUCCUAAGAUAUAGAAACACAGAAGUACAUGAAAAGACGACGAAGAAUGAACAACGAAGCAAUGUAGUUGUGGUACUUUGGAAGAUUUCCAACUCUUCACAAGUCUCAUGUACGGAAUUUCUUUACUUUUUGGCGAUCUUUCUCCAUUACAGAGCUGACUACUUUAGCUCUUGUUUAAAUACUACGUCGUUCAUGGUGUUUUUUAAAAGAGUUCUUGAUGACUUUUUUGAUCGACGUCUUCUAUCCUGGAAAUAAAAAGCUUAAAAUUA